AUGCUUAGAGUGGGUCUUCGAGCCAGCCGGGUGCCUCACCUUCGAGCUCCCUCUGCUGUUCCAAAAGCAGUGAUUUCUUUAGCUAUAGGAAGAUGCUACUCUCAGUCUCCCUUCAAAGUCGACUAUAAGAAGGUUCAGGAGGAAAGAGAGAAACAGAAGUUGCCUAAGUACAAGCAAUGGGCCCUCUACUUUCAGACAAAUGAGUUCAAAAGAUCCAUGACAAAGUACUAUCUUGCUAUGUUCGGUGUCAUGCUUGUGGCCAUGUAUUACUACAUGAGGGAUAGAUGGUACGAGGACCAGCAGAUCAAGCAUAUCAGAGCCAAGUACAUCGAAGACCCGGGAUGUCUCAGCGAAUAUGAGUACUUGAAGCUCAAGAAGUUCACUGGUGACAAGUUGAAACCUCGUGAGGAGAAGAAGUUUAAGUUGUACCAGAUGAUGAGAAAGGAGUUCAGGAGAAAGAAUAUCUUCGAUACUACUGUCAUGUUCGAACCUACACCAGCUGAUUUGGAUGAAUGGUAUUCUAAACAGGCUAAGAGAACUACCAAGACAGCAGUUGCUGAUGAUGACGAAAGUUUGGAGGAAAGAACCAAAAUCUCGAAUGCAUCUAACCCUGGUAUCGUACCUCCACAAGACACCACUGACUUCUUCGACGAAAAAGCCGAAGAAUACGACAGACAGAUCAAGUGGGAAGAGCGUGGUGUCAUGAUGGGCAGACGUAGAAAGUGGUUGAUGCAACAGAUUGAAGGCGAUGUUUUGGAAGUUUCAUGUGGAACAGGAAGAAAUAUCCCAUACCUUAACUUGGAUGCCAUCAAAUCGAUUACUUUCACUGACUCAUCAAAGAAGAUGGUAGAGGAAACUCAAAAGAAGUUCAACAAUGCAUUCCCAAAUUUCAAGAAGGUUGCCUACGUCACUGGAAAGGCCGAGGACUUGGCUCACUUAGCUGAAAGCAACAACGUGAAGUACGAUACCGUCGUGGAAGCCUUUGGUUUAUGUGCUCACGAAGACCCAGUGACUGCCCUUAAGAACAUGGCAAAACUUUUACGCCCAGGCGGCAGAAUCGUUCUUUUGGAGCACGGCAGAGGUACCUGGGACAUGGUUAACAACCAUUUGGACUUCCGUGCCGAGAAAAGAAUGAAGACAUGGGGAUGCAGAUGGAAUUUGGACAUUGGUGAGCUCAUAGACGACGCUGGCUUAGAUAUCACCUACGAGAAAAGGGUCCAUCUCGGUUCCACCUGGAUGUUAAUAUGCAAAAAGCCAGACGAUAGGCUUCGUGUUGACGAGAAGCCUUUCAUUAACAAAUUGAUGGGCACAGAGGCUCCAAAGAUCAAGAAAGAAUAG